UGCGUGGCGAGUGACAAGGCGCGCGCUGAUGGUGGUUUCAAACAACAAGCAGGAAUAAAAGUUUCUUCCUUUUGAGAGUUCACGAUACAGUUAUAGGUAAGCCAGGUCUAACGGGCCCAGCUGAAGUCCCGGUCCGUGUGGUCCAGUCCGGACGGUCUCAAUGACCGAGUGUAAUCUCUGAAGCAGCUGGUUAGUGAUUAACUGGAGUGUGUUUGCAGCAGCUGCAGAGACCUGCAGCACACACACCGUCUCACCAUGCAGUGGGUCCGUACUUCUCUCUGCACAGCCGCUCGGGUCAGAUCCUGGGUUUGGACCCGGAACCACACGGCAGCUGUCCGGAUGGACCUGAGCGGAAUUUAUCCGCCCAUCGCCACUCCGUUCACCGCCACGGAGGACGUGGACUACAAGAAACUGGAGGAAAACCUGCAGAAAUAUGCCAAGAUACCGUUUAAAGGUCUAGUGGUUCAGGGGUCCAACGGUGAGUAUCCGUACCUGAACGAAGAGGAGCGAGUGGAGGUAGUGAGGACGGUCAGACGAUUCCUGCCGGCUGGAAAACUGCUGAUUGCUGGAUCGGGAUGUGAAUCCACCAGAGCCACCGUCCAGCUCACUGAGAAGAUGGUGGCAGCCGGAGCAGACGCCGUCCUGGUGGUCACCCCCUGCUUCUACAAGGGGAAGAUGGACAGCCGUGCUCUGAUUGCUCACUUCACGAAGGUGGCAGACAGCAGCCCAGUGCCGGUGGUUCUGUACAGCGUCCCGGCCAACACGGGUCUGGAGCUGCCGCUGGACGUUGUGGUCGCUCUUUCCCAGCACCCAAACAUCCUGGGCCUGAAGGACAGCGGAGGAGAUAUCACACGGAUCGGCCUGAUUGUUCACAGAACCAAGAAGCAAGAUUUCCAGGUUUUGGCCGGCUCAGCGGGGUUUCUACAGGCUGCUUAUUGUGUUGGUGCUGUUGGAGGUGUGUGUGCGCUGGCUAACGUUCUGGGCUGGGAGCUGUGCGAGCUGGAGCGUCUGUGUGUGUCCGGGUGUUGGGAGGAAGCCAGAGUCCUGCAGCAGCGCCUCAUCGAGCCCAACGCUGCCGUUACCAGAAAGUUGGGAGUUCCUGCCCUUAAGCAGGCAAUGGAGUGGUUUGGUUUCCACGGCGGUGCCUGUCGAUCACCUCUUCAGCCGCUCACAGAGGCAGAGACUCAGCAGCUGAGACGGGACUUCUCCUCCAACGGAUGGCUGUGAGGGUCCCAGGCUGAGCUUGUACGAGUGAACAUCUGAAAAUCCUGUUACGUUUAAUUCACUUCCUGUUUCAGAACAAAAACACAAUGCUAAAAACUCUGAUAAAAUGUUCCCAGUGUGUGUAAUGAUGUUUGCAAACUGUUGAAAAGUGUAGAAUCUGCUGCUUUUUCCUUUAUUCUCACAGUUGUUUUCCAAUUAAUUAAAUCACUUUCAGACUUCUCAGAAAUUGAACUCAGAGAAAAUUUACACAA